CACAGGAAGCAGCAGCAGCGGAGCUAACAGCUAGCAGCUAAUAGUUAGCAUAGUAACGGUUAGUAAAUGUUAACUUUAAUAUUAGAUCUAAACUUUUAGCAUGAUGCUAACAUGUUCCUGUGUUUCAGCUUCCGGUCUGACGUCAGACAUGAACGCGUCUCAGAGGAAGAGGAGGACAACAGGAAGUCCUCCAGGAUCCAGGUCUAAGAGCCGAGCAGCUAGCAGGAAUGCUAAUGCUAGUAGAGAGUCUGAUGUGGACCAGAACCAGAACCAGAACCAGGACCAGAACCAGGAGCAGGAGCAGACAGAGACCAUCAGCGUGCUGGACCAGAGUGUGGAGGACGUGGUGGAUCUGACCUGUGAGGAAGCUGCUGUUGUUGACCUGACGCACAGCGACUCAGUGCUGCUGGUGGAAGAAGGUCCUCAGAACAGGAGAACCGCCACAGGUGAGAGUUACGUUGUCAGCAGUGAUGAAGAUGAAGCCACGCCCCCUACCCUCAACGCCACCACGUUGUCUUCUAUACAGGCCAACAGUGCUACCAGGUUGACUUCAGGAGUGAUUAGCUGUCCCAUCUGUAUGGACUCGUAUUCUGAGAUAGUCGAGAGCGGCCGAUUGGUGGUUUCCAGUAAAUGUGGACACGUGUUCUGCAGCCAGUGUCUGAGAGACGCUCUGAAGUCAUCUCACACCUGUCCUACCUGCAGGAAGAAGCUGACCUCCAGACAGUACCACCCCCUCUACAUCUGACAUCACUCUGACAUCACUCUGACAUCACUCUGACAUCAUCACACACCAGAGCUGCAGUCAUUGUAAAGGACAGCUGGAUGUUGUCAUGAAGACAUGAAGACAUGAAGACAUGGGGGGGGGGGCAGACCUGCAGAAGAAGCUGCUGGGAUUUAUUUUCAGUGACAGUUUUUAUUUAAUAACUAGGAAUUGAUUUCUUGAUUUAUUGAUUUCUUGAUUUCUUGAUUUAUUGAUUAUAUAUUUUAUAUGUUGUUGAUCUUUUCAUGUGUUUAAGUUCAAAUAAAUUCUGA